CGUCAACACAACGCGAACGCUAGCAGCUCGUCAUCGCCUUCUCCUCCGAGUUCGUCGCCGUCACCGCCGGCAUCGCCUUCAUUGGCCGCACGCAUAACACCGCAGCAACAGCAACAACCGUCGUCGCAGCAGCAGCAACAACAACAACAGCUGCAACUACAGCAGCAGCAACAGCAGCAACAACAACUUCAACAGCAACAAAUUCAACAGCAACAACAACUUCAACAGCAGCAACAACUUCAACAGCAACUGCAACAACAACCGCAACCACAGGCUCCGUGCAGUUUCAUAUACAGAGCGGGCGUGUGAUGAUUUGUUUGGAAUAGUCGGCAGUCGU